UUUCUCCAUGGCUUCAUCAAACAACCUUAUUCAUGUAUUCUGGCAUGAGGGCAUGUUGAAACAUGACACAGGAAAAGGUGUUUUUGAUACAGGAAUGGACCCUGGUUUUCUUGAUGUUCUUGAAAAACACCCUGAAAAUGGAGACAGAGUAAAGAACAUGUUGUCUAUUCUCAAAAGGGGUCCUAUUUCUCCUUUCAUUUCUUGGCAUCAAGGACAACCUGCUCUUAUCUCUCAAUUGUUAUCUUUCCAUACCCAAGAAUAUGUAAAUGAACUAAUUGAAGCUGAUAGAAAUGGCGGGAAAGAAUUAUGUGGAGGGACAUUCUUAAAUCCUGGGUCAUGGGAUGCUGCACUUCUUGCUGCUGGUAGUACAUUAUCAGCUAUGAAACAUAUAAUUGAUGGACAUGGGAAAAUUGCUUAUUCAUUGGUCAGGCCACCUGGUCAUCACGCACAACCUACUCAAGCUGAUGGUUAUUGCUUCCUUAACAAUGCUGGUCUAGCUGUACAACUGGCUUUAGAUGGUGGCUGUAGGAAGGUUGCUGUCCUUGACAUCGAUGUUCAUUACGGUAAUGGAACUGCAGAAGGGUUUUAUCAUUCUGAUAAGGUUCUCACUAUCUCCCUGCAUAUGAAUCAUGGUUCUUGGGGGCCUUCUCAUCCACAGGGUGGAACUAUAGAUGAGCUUGGUGAAGGUGAAGGUUUUGGGUAUAACCUGAAUAUACCUUUGCCAAAUGGAACUGGGGACAAAGGGUAUGGUUAUGCCAUGCGACACUUAGUUGUUCCUGCAAUCGAGAAAUUUGAGCCUGAUAUGAUGGUUUUAGUUGUUGGGCAGGACUCAAGUGCUUUUGAUCCAAAUGGAAGACAAUGCUUGACGAUGGAGGGUUACAGAGAGAUUGGGCGGACAAUUCGUGCCCUGGCAGACAAGUAUAGCAGUGGGCGGGUCUUGAUCGUCCAAGAAGGUGGAUACCAUGUUACAUAUUCAGCCUAUUGUCUGCAUGCGACUCUUGAAGGCGUGCUCAAUGUUUCAGAGCCUCUAUUAUCUGAUCCUAUUGCUUAUUAUCCUGAAGAUGAAUCAUUUCCAACCAAGGUAAUUGAAGCUAUCAAAAAGUAUCAGAAGGAGGUUGUACCAUUUCUUAAAGAUGCUUAGUUGGGAUCGCCUUCGUUUCGCUUAUGAGCUCAAGCACUUUAUGUGUCCCAACAACUUCCUGCUUACUCUUUGAUCAGUGAUUGUAUUUCUGUAUUUAUACCUGAUUCUCAACACAAUCUUGUUCUCAAGGAUGUUAAGGUGUAAACGAAGCCCUUAGAUCAACGGGGAGUUGAUGCAAGAAUUCAUCUACCAGCAAAAUAGCUUAUUUAAAUCAACUAUGUGGGAGUCCUUAGUUAUUUUCUCCUUUAAAAGGUUAUCCAUAUUUUAUUGGUUCUAUUUCAACAUCACUCUCAUUUUGUAAUUUGAUAAUCUUUUCAAUCUUCAAGCCUCUGGUUUUUGUAA